AUGGCCACCGCUGAGACCGUCGACCUCUCCCCCCCUCACGCCCCCAAGGACGAGUCCAUCAAGUCCUUCAAGGAGCUCGAGCAGACCCUCAAGAAGGAGCUCGUCCACCUCCGCCACGAGCACGACAAGCAUGAGAAGGAAUACUUCCAGGCCGUCGCCCACCUGAGCGACCACGACCUCACCGGGUUCACACUCGAGAACUUCGAGGAGGUCCGCGUCGGCAUGUCCGCGUAUGGCUACCACCUGUUCGGCCGCCUCAGGAUCCCCGCGCUGUCUGAGGACGGCCCCUGCUACAUCUUCUUCCGGGCCUUCGACACCGGCAAGGACGCCGAGGCCAAGUUCCACAGCUUCCACACAGAGGAGACUGAGGACACGGAGAAUGGGGGCAAGAAGUACCGCGCCGUCUUCACCAAGAACGACCCCUUGGAGUGGUUCAACGAGUAA